AUGGCUAGUCCCCAGCGCCUCCUCCUCCUGCCGCCGCUCGUGCUCCUCCUCGUCGCCGCCGGCGCGAUCCUCCUGCCGCAGCGCGGGUCCGCGGAGGAGGGGAAGGUCUCCCUGGAGCUCUACUACGAGUCGCUGUGCCCGUACUGCUCGCGGUUCAUCGUGAACCACCUCGCGGGGAUCUUCGAGGACGGGCUCAUCGACGCCGUCCACCUCCGGCUCGUCCCCUACGGCAACGCCCGCGUCGGACAGUACUACUGGUACAACGAUACUGUGCACACGGUAGCGGUCGUGCAAGCGUGGCAUGUUAGCGCCCACACCAUCAUGCUCACCUGA